AUGGCCGCCGUGCCGGAUGUGGUGGACGAUAUCAACAUGACCGGGGCUCUUGGUCAUGCCCAUGCCAACACUCACGGUCUUGGUGCUAUUGGAAGUUUCGAUGGAGCUUUGGACAUGGACCUUGGCGGCCAGGACACCCACGACUUCGGUGGUGGUGCCUCUACUGCCCAGGGCUCAUCUCCUGCUUACCCGGACGAGCCGGCUGCUUAUCAACAUUGGUGA